AUGUCGAACAACGAUAAUGCCAUGGCCCGAUUCCUGUUCGCGAUUCUGCAGCAGAAAUGCCUCAAGGAUAUCGACUGGAACAAGGUUGCCUCUGAUCCGGUCCUGGCUCAGAAGAUCACCAACGGCCACGCCGCCCGUAUGCGGUACUCGCGGUUUCGCGCCGCCAUGCUCGGCCUUGAGCCGCAGCGGCGUAACCGCACCAACCCAGACAAGUCUCGUGUAUCCAAAAAGAAAAAGGAUGACGGCGUGAAAGUCAAGAAAGAAGACGGCGACAAGAGCACCGACAACGUUGAGAUCAAGCGUGAGGACGAGACCACUACCGCCCCGACUAUCAAAACCGAGCGACGAAGCAUUGCCGAACCGUCUCGAGUUGCAUCGCAGCCUCAACCCCGAGUGAUGUCGACGACGCUGAUGAAUUCUAAACCUGGACCUGGACACUCGCAGCACAAUAGCUACACACAACACCACCCGUCCUCGAUUCUUUCCGCCGCCUCUCCGAACAUCAAACAAGAAGGCCUUCCCGCCAAUGCCUCACCGGCCGCACCCAUGGCAAAGCCUUAUCCGUUCGGGAUUGCCACCACAGCCGCGACGACUUCGCCGUCGCCUGCAAAUACGGCAGCGACAUCAGCAUUCAAUAGCAACCACGCCAACUCCCGAAGCCAAAUGCGCCUCCUCACCCCGUGCAGCGAUUCGGACGUAAUGCAAGGUAGCGGCAACGGCGGCGGCUUCAUUUCACACAACCCAGCAAACGACCUACUCCAUCACCAGCAGGCUAACAACAGACCUCACCAGUCGCCAGCAGCCUCAGCACCCCCGUCGCCUUUUGAUUUUGUUGGCUGUGAUGUCGGGGCCGGCCACGGGUCCGGCUCGCCAUGGCAUUCCCAGCAUCAUUAUCCUACCCAUGUCUAUCACGGCCAUCCCAGCCCGGCGUCCGUGUACUCUGCCGGAUAUGCCAUGGGUACUGGUGGUGGCGGCGGCGGCGGCGGUGCCUAUGGAUUGGAUACGUCCGCUAUUACUGCCAAUAAUGCUACUGCUCCGAGCUACAUGGGGUUUUGCGCGGAACACCCCCAUCACAGUCAUCAGCGUGAGGAGGAGGGACAUGAUUUGGGGUUGGGAUUGCAUACGGGCAGCAUGUUCCGGGAGAGGGAGCUGGAAAUGAGAGUUGGAAUGGAUACUCUUGACAGUCAGGGAUCUGGAGUCAAGCACGAAUGGGAGGCUGGGAAGUACUAA